AAUGGACUUGGUUUGUCCACUUUAAUUUUCUAUUUAAUUGUAAGUUUAUUGCUAGUAGAUAAGUUUUCUUAGUGCUCGUGUUUAAUUAUUCAUUAAUUUGUUAUAUUUUGGUUACAAAAUUAUUGUAUCUUGUUAAAUAAAUAUACAAAAACGAAUUAAGAUUGUUCUCAAUGAAAUAUUGAUAUUUUUAAUCACGUGAUCAUAACACGUUUUACAUACGCAUUACAAGUAAAACCAAUAGAAGAUGAAAACCCUACAUUUCUCAGCGUGAGGACAAACAGUAAAUGUUCUUGUACAUUUUUGUUACAUAUUAUUUAAUUUCAUUUUAUGAACAGUUUAUAAACAAAUUUACAUUAAAUAUUAACAAUAUUUUGUUAAAAUGUAAUAUAAAAAAGAUGGUUAAUUGAAGGUUCUAAUAUAUAAUACUGUCAAUCUUAUCAUGAUUUUUUCUAUUUAGAGAUUUAAUAGUUUGGUUAUAGUGCGUUUAUUUAUUAAAUAUGUCGCCAAUACAGGAAAGUUUAAGAGAUUCGAGCGGAGAUUCUGGUUCAGAUUCUGAUAAUGCUUCUGUUUCAUCAAGAUCAAGUGUAAAAUCAACUAGAUCAGAUGCGAGUAGGAGAUCAGAUGAAAGUAGAAGGUCAGAUGUAAGUAGGAGAUCGGAUGGAAGUAGAAAAUCAGAUGCAAGUAGAAAGUCAAAUGCAAGUAGAAAAUCAGAUGUAAGUGUAAAAUCAGAUGUAAGUGUAAAAUCAGAUGCAAGUAAAAGAUCAGAUAGAAGCAGAAGAUCAGAUGACAGCAGAAAAUCAGAUGAAAGUAGAAAGUCAGAUGGAAGCAGAAAGUCAGAUGGAAGCAGAAAGUCAGAUGGAAGUAGAAAAUCAGAUGGAAGCAGAAAGUCAGAUGAAAGCAGAAAGUCAGAUGAAAGCAGAAAGUCAGAUGGAAGUAGAAAAUCAGAUGGAAGCAGAAAGUCAGAUGGAAGUAGAAAAUCAGAAGGAAGUAGAAGAUCAGAAGAAAGUAGAAAGUCAGAUGAAGAAAAUGAGUCAAAGGUAUUAGAUUCAAGAAAGUCUCAAACUCCUAAGGAAGAUAGAAGUGAUAAUGAAUCUGAAAAAUCUUUUAUUGCAGCUGGUAAUGAAGAAAGUGCUAAAUCUGACGAUAGUGAUUUAGAAGAAUCUAAAAAGCGCAAAACUAGUGAUUCGGAAGAAAUAAAAAAUAUUAAAAAGCAUAGAGCUGUAAUAGGUUCAGACUCUGAUAAUGAAGAUACAGAAAAAGAUAAAGAAGAUAGUGUAGCUCCAACAGCAGAUGCUUUAUUUGGUGAUGCAAGUGAUAUUAGUACUGAUGAUGAGAAAGAAAAAAAGGAAACUGAAGAUAAAGAAAAACGUGAAAGUCGAAGUAGAAGUCGAAGUAAAAGCCGAAGUAGAAGUAGAAGUAGAAGUCUUAGCAGAGGAAGAUCUGAUAGCGGUGGGGAAGGACCAAGUCAUCAACCUGUUAUUGAAGAUGAUGAGAAAGAUAAAGAAGAUGAGCCAGAACCACCACCAGAAACUAGGAUUGAUGUGGAAAUUCCAAAAAUAUCUACAGAUUUAGGAAGAGAAAUACAUUUUGUUAAGCUUCCUAACUUCUUAUCUGUAGAAACUAGACCAUUUGACCAUGAUACUUAUGAAGAUGAAAUCGAUGAGGAAGAAACUUUAGAUGAAGAGGGUAGAGCUCGAUUAAAACUCAAAGUUGAAAAUACAAUAAGAUGGAAAGAAGUAUUUGAUGAGGAAGGAAGAGUUGCGCAUGAGAGUAAUGCUAGGUUUGUUAAAUGGUCAGAUGGCAGUAUGUCAUUGCAUUUGGGAUCUGAAAUAUUCGAUGUAUAUAAACAGCCGUUACAGGGUGAUCAUAAUCACCUUUACAUACGACAAGGUACUGGUUUACAAGGACAAGCAGUGUUCAGGACAAAAUUAACUUUCCGUCCUCAUUCGACCGAGUCCUUUACACAUAGAAAAAUGACAAUGUCUUUAGCGGAUAGAUCACAAAAAACAUCUGGUAUUAAAGUUCUUUCUCAAGUGGGAAUGAAUCCAGAUCAAAAUAGAUAUGAAAUGAUAAAGAAAGAAGAAGAGAAAUUGAGAAUGGCUAUGCGCGUUCAGAGUAAAACGAAAAAAUCUGCUAGUGGAGGUCGAAGCACAGGAAGAGCUUCUACUGGAUAUGGUGUCGAUGCUUAUCACGAUGAUGCUUCAGAAGAUGAAGGAGCUAUUUCUCUUGCAGCUAUAAAAAAUAAAUAUAAAAAGGGUGCUGCUGCUACUGCUAAAGCUGCAUCGAAUAUUUAUUCUUCGGAUGAAGAAGGUUCGGAUUUCGAAACUUUGAGACCAAAGAAAAAUAUAAAAGGAAAAGUGCUUAAAGAUUCUGACGAAGAAUCUAACUCUGAAAGUGCUUCAGCAAGCGGUGGGGAGGAUGAUAAUCAAGCUGAUAAUACUAGCGAUUAAAUAAUUUUGUAAUUAUUGGCAAAUAAUAAAAUAACGUUAUGUACACACAUGUACAUUUUAUAAAUAUGAA